AUGUCUUCGAAUACCGUCUAUGUUAUCACUGGUGCCAGUCGAGGUGUAGGCCUUGGCCUUGCCCAGGCGUAUAUUGCCCGCCCCUCCACCACUGUCAUCGGCAUCGUUCGUAAUGAAUCGAGCGCUACUGCACUUCUAGAAGCUAUGGGACGGUCACCCAAGGGAGAGAAUAGCGUUCUUCAUGUUGUUCAUGUUGAUUUCUCUAUGAGAACCACACCACAAAUCAUCCGCAACCGCGUUGAUAUUGCCGCGGGCAAUUUAAAUUACGUCAACACCGUGAUAUGUGCUGCGGGUCAUGUCACUACUGUAAUGCCGUCGGUUGAAAUGACUGCCGAACAUCUCCGUGAGUGCUUUGAAAUCAACACUAUUGGGCCUUUGAUGGUUCUCCAAGCACUCCGAGACCUGUUGGAGAAGGGAAAUGGGGCAACGGGAUUGCCGCCAAAGUUUAUCGUUCUCUCCUCGUCUAUGGGAUCCAUUGGGCAAAUGGAGCCUUUCCCUGGUGGCGCCUAUGGCCCAAGUAAAGCCGCAGUCAACCACAUUACGAAGUCAAUUCAUCUCCAGAUGGCUCAAAGUGGGAUUGUUAGUGUAGCUCUUCACCCCGGAUGGGUGCAGACGAAGAUGGGCGAGUUUAUGGCCAAAGCAUGGAACUAUGAGGCGGGACCCCCUGACACUCUAGAGGAUAGCGUCAAAGGUGUUAUUGCUAUCAUUGAUGAGGCCAGUCGUGAUAAAUUUUCUGGGAAGUUUGUAACCCAGACUGGAGUGGAAAUCCCGUGGUAG